AAGGCAUAUUGAUAUAUCGAUGAAAUCUGCCUCCUGCUCUUGUCUGUUUGCUACGCACUCCGCAGGGACCGCGCUUCUAUACAUAUAGGAGAAGCGUCUCCCCGACCCCUCGCCAGAUUUAAACACCUGCCGCCCUUCUACCCUCUUCGUUCCUCUCUAGUGGGUUUCUAGUGAUUUCUUCCAUCUGGUCGCGACGGGGCACUAUUCUGUCAUACACUCCCCAUCGAGCCAUCAACCUCCUAAUCACACAGGAUGGCACUAUACUCCAGCGAGAGAGCCCCAGGGAAAGAGCACAUUCCUCUUUACCCCAAAGGGUUUAUUGCUAUUCGAAUAGUCCAGCUGAUCAUAGGCAUAAUUUGUCUCGGACUCAGCGCUUUUGGCGUAUCCGCCCUCGUGUUUGCUGGGGAUGCCCUCAUGUUGUUUACGGCAAUUGUAACCCUCAUCUCAACUAUCUACUGCUUGGUCGCGCAUUUCGGCCCCCCCAAGGCCUUCAACUACUGGGCCAUCCUCGGCUUGGAUAUUUUCCUCGUCAUCUUCUGGUUAAUAUCCUUCGCUGUCCUGGCUUCUCAAGUCGCUACCCUGUUUUCCCUCUUGUCCAACUAUAUUUACUACUAUUCCGAUAUCGAGCUCGUGUAUACAGUGUAUUCGGCUUGCCUGGCCGCCGCCGCCGGCCUGGGUGGUGUCGAAUUUCUUCUUUACAUAGUCUCGCUUUCCAUCCACGGCGUCAUGCUGCAUCGUCAUAGAGGGGCUGGGCUCAGGGCUAUGCCUAUCGACCUGGAGAAAAUCCAGAUGCAGCCUCAGGCCGCCCAGGGUUACCCGCCACAAUUCGUCGCUGCGAACGAACCCCCUCCUACCCAGCCCGCCUUCCAUCCGACCCUAUCGUCGUCUCCGGCGCCGGCUCAGCAAGCUGGUAGCCUUCAUUAUCCUCCCCAACAGGUGAAUCCUGGCCAGCAGAUCUACCAGACACCGGGACAGAACCCCCAAUACUACCCCGCACCAUAGAUUCACCGUGGAAUAUUAUGCGGGGGAGACAAUGAAGUUGUAUGAUACCUGAAAAUUACGCCAUUACGGCGCAAUUCUCAGAAAUAAUAAAUGACUCGUGGGUGUAAAGGAGACCGGAGACUGAAUAAUAUUGAUUGUGGUUCGAAGCUUAGUCUAGUCUCGCGCAAAGCCUGCCUAGUUUAUGGGUACAUGUCUAUGACGCUUUUUUCCUUCUUUUGUUGUAUUAUUGUAGAAUGGCAGAAGAGAGUGAAACAUACAGAUGCCUGAGUGCUACAAAGUCUCUGUCGUGAAAUGAAGGCUGUUUCUCGGAUG